GGCAUUAAUUAGCCAGUGCUCAAUUGACUGCCGCCUGCCUACCCACUGCCCCGCCCGUCCGCCAUGAAGUGCUGCAAGCCAUCGAUCUCGGACAAGAAGGUCAACCAGGUUCUUCUCUGUGUCUUUGCUAUCCUCAAUUCCAUUGCUGCCGUCUGGCUCCUUGUCACGGAUCAAUACAGCAUCAGCGAAUCGGGUGUCGCGCGUGCGACGAUCUCGAAGAUUGUUUUACAUUUGUACCACAUCAUGCUGUCGUACGCGCUGUUUGCGGCGACUGCGUUCGGCUCCCAACAACCCCUCGAAUGGUUUGGCUUGAUUGGCAACUUCGUUGGCAGCGGCUUCUACCUCUUCUUCCUUGGCUUCCUUACCUUGAUGCUCGACAACACGUUUGGUCUAGUUGUCGCUAUCGUCACAACCGUGUAUGGGUUUGCCGUGAUUGUAUACGGCGUUGUCACCAAGAAGCCCGCGCUCCCUGAAGGCGGGACCUCCUACCGUCACCUCCGCGACGUCGCCUAAACUGUAUAAGCAUUUUCUAUGUUCUUUCCAUUGUCCUAUUUCGUGGCAACUGAACAGAAUGCUGCGAUUAUGUAGCUGGGAAGAAAAAGCUCCCGCUAAAUUGCGCCAACGAGCAGUCGCCUUCAACUACCUUCUCACGUAGGGGGCCGACAGAAGGAAUGGCAAGAGGGAGGCAGGACUCUAAACCCGAUGCGGGCUGGCGACCACAUCUUCGACUCUAUUUACCGAAUGGCGUUCACUACGCCUUGCUGCCAGGUACGUUGGUUGCACAAUCCUUGAAUGGAAUUAUGUAUUCGUCACUGCGUGUCUCUGCUUUGGAACUGACCGCAACCCGAUGCAACAUGUCCAGCUAGAUUUCGUGACGAGGGAUUUGUUCUCAGGUGGAAGUCAGGUGCUCUCGCCAAGCGAUGCGCAAGAGCUGCCACACCGAGAUCCAAAGCAGCUCUCGCCUUCGUGGUCCGUGCAACCAACAUGCCUGCGGGGGGAAUGACACGAUUGCUGCAGCAAGAGGAUUCGAUGGCCAUAGACUCGAUGAGGACAAUUCAUCUUGCAUUCCUUACCUCAAGAGCUCUCCAGAAGGUAGAACGCCUCGAAAGGGGUCGAAUAGCAGCACCUUGAGCCACAACACUAUAGUAAACUGCACCAACGUACGUAUGUAGCAAGAUUCCAGCGGCCUGCCACGCCCUUCUUUCCCUCGCCAUGCCACAAAAUCGGUGCCAACGAUAAAAGUUGCCACGUUGCUUUGGCGUUGAG